UUACGUCACAAAGUGACGGUGGACGCUGUAGAACAGAACAGCACUUUAAGAAAUGCAGUACAGAGCGAAGAGAACUGAGUGAGGGGUAUACUUACAAGAGCUUGAGGGAACAAGUCUGUAAACAGGCCUUUCAGGACGAGAAAAGGCUUUGAGACAGUCAGGGAGUAACACAGCUGUGUUAAUAGAGACAGGCCGAGUGACAGGUUCUGGUUUGGCUAGAGGCCGCAAGAGUCGAAAACGAGCAGGUAGCACCUCCAGCUUUGGCCCCCCCAUCCCCAAGGACAGCGUACAAGGCAGACAGUGGGGAAGGGUGGCUGAUGUAGUGAAGUGGGGUGCCCAAGCAAAUUUUUACUUUGUCAACGCUGGUAAUAACACUUCAUUUCCGAUUCAUUGGUGUGUGAAGCGGGGCUUCGCCAAGUCGACCCCAGUCGUGUCUGAGGGCAGGUAAAGAGGAUUCUAGGGCCACAAUAAUGUCCUCUCCCAGCCCUGGCAAAAGGCGAAUGGACACUGAUGUGGUCAAACUCAUUGAAAGUAAACAUGAAGUCACUAUCCUAGGAGGACUCAACGAAUUCAUAGUGAAGUUUUAUGGACCACAGGGAACUCCAUAUGAAGGAGGUGUGUGGAAAGUUAGAGUGGAUUUACCAGACAAAUACCCUUUCAAAUCACCAUCUAUAGGAUUCAUGAAUAAAAUUUUCCAUCCCAACAUUGAUGAAGCGUCAGGAACUGUAUGUCUAGAUGUGAUCAAUCAGACCUGGACUGCUCUGUAUGAUCUUACCAACAUAUUUGAAUCAUUCCUGCCUCAACUGUUGGCUUACCCUAAUCCCAUAGACCCUCUAAAUGGCGAUGCAGCAGCAAUGUAUCUUCAUCGGCCAGAAGAAUACAAACAGAAAAUAAAAGAAUACAUACAGAAAUAUGCAACAGAAGAGGCACUAAAGGAACAAGAGGAGGGUACUGGCGACAGUUCAUCAGAGAGCUCCAUGUCUGACUUUUCGGAGGAUGAGGCCCAAGAUAUGGAGUUAUAGUAGCGGAGCUACAUUUUCCACAGCAAAGACUAUUUCCUAACCACGAGGAGCAGACUAUAAAUAUUCAUAUUUAAAUAAAACAAUUUUUUUUUAUUACUAAACAAGGUUUUUAUGGAGAAUAGCAUUGGUAUAUAAAUAUAUAUAAAUAUAUAUAUAAACCGAGAAGGAGUGAGAUUUAUACAUCUCUUUCUUUCUUUCUUUCUUACAUGCUGUAGAUCUUUAUUUCUUGGUCAUUUCUCAACCCAAGGAGCUUAACAUUUCCACAUUCCACUUUGGUUAAUGACGCACCCAAAACUACAUGUGAUCUCAAGAGCUUUUUUGCAAAAAGUCAACUUGUGUUGAUGAAACUCUUCCUCUGACAAUAGAGAAGGAUCUGGUAGGUAGGUCUGAUCAGUGACACCAUCUUCUUUACCGCUGGUUCCAAAGAUAUUGGCUUGGGUACUGAGGUAAAAUACAAAAAACCUGAAGCUACAUUGUCUAUGAUGAGGGCAAGGGGUGGUGUUCCUCUCAUUUUCCCCAGCAGGCUGAAGACUUGCUCACAAACUGGUACUAAAGCAUUUAAAUGUCCUAGAUGAAAAUACUCUUUAAUGGACAUUUUGAUAGCAUUUAAAGACUUAAAAUAUAUAUAUUUAUAGGUUGGGUUUUUAAUACUUUUUUUAAUCAAAGUUCUUGUCCUCUGGUUCAGUGUCCUGAAGAUUACCAGGUAAUUUACUCUUGGAGCAUUCAUCUCAGAAAGCCUCUAAUUUUUUUGAGUGAAAGUAAGAAAUUUUAGAAAGUGUCUUUUGUAGCUUUUGGCUCCUUUAAUUUCCCACAUUGACUGUUUAAAUGACCAGUGUACGUCAAAGCAAGUAAACCUAUGCAUUUCCAUCUUAGAGUGAUACCGAUAGUAAAGCAAUAGAAUUUGUUCUAUAUUUUUUAUGGCCAGACUCAACAGAUCCUCCAGUCUUGCUUCAUAGAUAUGGCUUUUUUAUUUACUUUAUUAAACAUUCUUCUUGGAUUUCCUGCUAUGAGGUGAACUGAACUACGUAGCCCUGUAGGGCAGAAUAGUAAAGAUGCAAAGUUUGUUGUGAAAAAAAAAAUUAAGUGAAUAAGUGAUUUAAAACCAGCACAAAAUUUAGGAAGAACGAACUAGACUGAAAGAAGCAUCCUUUUGAUUCCUGUACCAAACUUUUCUGAAAUGUUUGCGAUUCACUUUAGCCUUUUGAGGCAACUUUCAUCCUUUGAUGAAGGAAAUUUUAUUUUUGUUUGAUGCCAGAACAACAAACGAGUACUGUUAUGGUUCUGAUCUCAUCAGGGUAAGUUAAGUCUCUAUGCCAUUAAUCCUUGGUUCUCUUACCUUUGUCAGUCCUUUAAACAUUAGGCACUUGAAUACUAUAAUUCAUGUGUUCACUUUUUUUUAUAUUUUCAGUUCAUUUGAUUGGGGGGCAUUUUUAAUUAUGUAAGCAAAGUUUAAACCACAACACAUACGAAAACAGAAAAUGGGAAAAGGCAGAAUUGUCGUAACCAUAGAGUACAAUCAGAAUUUUUUGUUUUGCUUCUGAAGAUUAGUUAGGCAUUAAUUUUCUUUGGCAUGUUUGUUUUCCUAAAUAAAAAUGAACACACAACA